GGGGCCCCUGUGUCCUUGCCCAAACUCAAAAAAGCUUAUGAAAAAGGUACCAGGGGCAUCUCAUGGGGCCCCCUACUGACCCCGAGCCUUCAGGCAAUAGGGGAUCAUGGGGCCCCUGUGUCCUUGCCCAAAGUCAAAAAAGCCUAUGAAAAAGGUACCGGGGGCAUCUCAUGGGGCCCCCUACUGACCCCAGGCCCUUGGGCAGUGCCCAAGUUUCCAAAUGGUCAGUCUGCCUCUGGCUCAGAGCUACUUCAUCAGGGGAGAAAGAGAGCAUAUGGGCUUGAAUCAGAG